AUGGCAGAUGAUAAAGAUAACAAAGAUAAUAAAGAGGAACAACAUGAGAUGAAUGAAGUGAAUGGAAAUCCAGAAGAUGUAAAUAUUGAAAUCCCAUCUCUCUGUAGUAACAGUAAAAUGAAGAUGAAUUUUUCGUUUGUGGGGUUUUUGUGAUGAGCUAGUGUAAUAGGGUUGGGACCCAUUUCUCUCCUGGAUUUUUUCCUGAAGGGAGGAGGCAAAUGUAUACAAACUACAGCAUUCCUAGUUAGAAUAAGGGAACACUGUUGUUGUGGCUCGCCGCUUGUUGUAGAAGAAAGUUUCAGAAUGACUGUAGAUUAUCAGUCAGUGCAGUGAGGAGGGACUAGUGUUCUGUGAAUUUAGGAGAAUAGUGGCCAAAAUGAGCACAUAAGCAUGUUAUUACUGUCCAGGGGACAAAAACGCGCUUUCACAACACAAGGGUCCCUGAACACAAGUUUAAUAAUCGAGAGUUGCACACUCAGCAUAUUUCCUCAACAACACAACAGGAUCGAAUUUGGAGUCUCAUCUUUGGCUAACAAGCUUCACCUCGCAAGUAAAAACCUACAAAACAAACACUUAAUCACUGCUGGAAAGGGAUUUGGAAAUAAACGAGCUCCUAAGACUCACCAUACGAUGAGAAACUCCCGGCGACUAGCGCGUUACAAAGCACAUGGUUUCUUUCUCGCUACACGACGACACUGAGACGCGCUCACUAAGCAUGCUGGGAGAAUAAAUUACAAAAAUGGAAUGGAACGGACUAGGGAAACAAAAAAAUGUUCUCUUGUUGAGGAUUGGCCUCAACAAUUACUGUCUUGUUCAUAUUAGUCACACUCUUAGCAAAUUUAUUGCUUGGUGGACUAACAUGUAAGCAUUUAGAUCCAACCUCAGGAAAAUCGAUUUCUUGAUUUUUAUCUUAUUUCACAUUAAACUUUUUUUUCAAAUUGCUUCAACAGGAUGUUAAGGAAGAUGGUGACAAGGCAGCAGCCACGACUCCUCUUGUUAAACACGAACCUGCAAAUGCUGAUGAUAAAAAAGGCAAAAAGGGAAAGAAGGGUGAAAAGAAGGACAAACUUGAUGAUCUGAAACAGGAACUGGAAAUGGUAGAGUCCACUCUCAUGGCCUGCAGGCUGAUGUAUGGCAGUAAUAUCCUAUUCUAACUAUUGUUUCCACUUUUCAGGAGUGGCACAAGAUUCCACUGGAUGACCUUGAAAGUAAACUUGAUACUGAUCUAACUAAAGUAAGUGAAUCAUUUUGAUCUGUCCCUAAUGGUUGUUUGGUUUUCUACAUGUACAACUACUCAUUAAGAUCUACAUGUCCUCAUGCCUAGAGUUCACUGGCUUUUAAAACAGGUCUUUCUUGCUCACUUGGGUAGCGAGAAGUUGCUUCAUCCCACCUGCUCACAGAGACAGCCACAUAAGAGAACUUAUUAUAAUAAAUAAAUUCUUUUGGGUUACCAGGUUUCUGAUGUUUCUGUGAUUUAGCCUCGUUUAAAUAUUUUCCAGGGUCAUACACAGGAGAAGGCAGAUGAGCUGUUUGAACGUGAUGGUCCUAAUGCACUGACUCCCCCACCCACCACCCCUGAGUGGGUGAAGUUCUGUAAACAGCUGUUUAGUGGCUUUGCUUUGUUGUUAUGGAUUGGCUCUAUUCUCUGCUUUAUAACCUACGGAAUCAAAGUGGCAACAAUUGAAGAACCUGAAAAAGAUGAUGUAAGAAUAAUUUUUGUCUGUUUCUUGGCAAACUUGUGAAUACCCCAAUUCUUAUCAGUUUGUUUUUAUCAAGAAUACUAUACAAUGUAUGUACAUGUAUGCAGCACAAUGUGACCUUUUAGACAGCUGAUUAUAAUUAACAACAGUCACUUUGUGUCAAAUUUUCAGGGUAAACAAUAACAGAAGUUGAUACUGCAGUACUGAGGAAAUGUGAUGAAAAUUGAUUUUACUGGUAGCAUAUCCCUGCUGUCACUACUGUCUCUAGUGUUAUUUGCUUAUGGUUUUCCUUUGUCCAGGCCCUUAUCUCAACACACAAUAUAUGAGUUUCAGGCUGCUAAUGACCUAAAUUAUUACUAUUUUUUGAUGACAAAAAUUAUUAGUAUUAAUUGGUUUGCAAGGCUGUCUUAGCUCCAUUUUUCCUUGCAUUCAUAACCAUAAUUUGAGAUGUAAAGCUGCUACUAGUCUUGUAUGAAAUAUGUACCCUCCUAAUGAAUGUGUAAUAUAAUGAAGGCCAUGUCAUAAUAUUAUUGUAGCUUUACCUGGGUGUAGUGCUGGCUACAGUGGUUAUCAUCACAGGAUGUUUCUCCUACUAUCAGGUCAGUUUCUUUUCUCCUGCUUCUCUCUAAUAUUAUUAUAGUUAACCAAAACUGAAAUUUAAAGAAAGCUUUACAUAAAGUUGAGAUACUGAACUUAAAUACUAAGCCUAGGUAAGUUUAACUCCGGUUACAAAAGGAUAAAACCUCUACCUUUGCCAUUUGGUUUAAGCUAUUUUUAUUGCUGUGACUGGUCCAAAGUUUGACUAAGAACUCUGAAAUUGCCAUUUAUGUUGCCUUAACUUAUUGAUUUGGUUAGGAAUUGGUGCUAGCUAGUAAAAGGAAAGGAUUUAAUAACUCUACAACCAAGCUUUUCUGUCAUUUAUUUAUUGAUUUACCAUUACAGCAACCCCUCAUGCAUAUGAAGGAUUAUGUAUUUUGUUUGGCAUUGGGGUGGGGGAAUAACACUGCUUUAAGUUCCCUUUGCCCCUCACCCAGCCCCAUUUUCCUCCUCUUAACUGUAAAGACAUUACUCAUUGUCCAUGUGUGUCCAUUUUGUUAGUAUUUUGGUUAGGGAAGUCUUUUGAGAGUUUGUGACUUAAAGAGACGGUUUAAUAUUCAAGCUAACAGGGAUGAUCCUAUGAUAAAGAGAAAAAAAGAAGGUCUACCAUAAAAACUUUCUAAUUUCACUGAUUGCUGAUUGCUUUUUUGAGUAAAGGAGGCCAAGAGCUCAAAGAUUAUGGAAAGCUUCAAGAAAAUGGUUCCACAGGCAAGUUUAUUCAAUUUUCUUCAUUGCAGAGGCUUCUGGGUCUGUUAGGUCUGUUUUAUGUUAGGGCAAAAUCAAAGAAAAUUUAUUGGAGAAAUCAUGGCAAUAAGGUUUUGGGUCUUAGAAUUAAAAAGGAGUUUAUUUUGAAGUAUGCAUAAUUUUAUCAUCAUAAAUAUAUUCCGUCACAGGAAGCCACUGUUCUGCGUGAUGGGGAAAAGCACAACAUAAAUGCAGAAAAGCUUGUCAUGGGAGACAUCAUCUAUGUGAAAUUUGGAGAUAGAGUACCAGCUGAUAUUCGUGUUAUUGAAGCUCAGGGUUUCAAGGUAGGCUUUACAAAUUGGGGCUGUGUCUAGUUACGAUUUUUGUAGAGAAGUUGGUGUUAUGAACAAUAUAAUGCAUGCAUGUACUAGUUACACAGGAUGAGUUCCUUUUUUCUGCUUGAUCUAUUUAAGUAUUAUAGUUUAACAUGUGUGUUUGUUAAGUAUCCUUGAAAUUCAGGGUUUCAAAGUCCACAGCAUUCCUGUAUGAUACAAAGUUUUAAUUUUUGAUUUUGUUUCUGUGUUAAACAAGGUGGAUAACUCUUCUCUGACUGGGGAAUCAGAACCUCAAGCUCGCACACCAGAGUUUUCCCAUGAGAAUCCCUUAGAGACAAAGAACUUGGCAUUUUUCUCCACAAAUGCAGUUGAAGGAACGUGCACAGGAGUUGUUGUCCAGAUAGGAGAUGAUACCGUCAUGGGUCGCAUUGCCAACUUGGCAAGUGGAUUAGGAUCAGGAAAAACUCCCAUUGCUUUGGAAAUUGAACAUUUUAUCCAUAUCGUCACUGGUGUUGCUGUUACUCUUGGAGUGACCUUCUUUAUUCUUUCCUUGGUUCUAAAAUACUCCCCACUUCAAUCUGCCAUAUUUUUAAUUGGAAUAAUUGUGGCUAAUGUACCUGAGGGCCUUCUUGCGACUGUUACGGUAAUUUUGCUUUUCCUAUAGUUGGAACUACUAUGUAAAGAGCACUUAUCUUGCACAUGUUGCAGGUUAAAUUUGAUUUCAGGUCAAUUUUGAUUUAACUUAGGGUGAUUCUCAAUUUCCUUUGACAACUAGCCCUUAGGGACAAAGGAAAUUGAGAAUUGAUCUAGGUUACAAAAAUUUUAACCUGGAAUCAAAUUUAACCUGUAACAUACACAUUGCACUAUCAACACUUGCUGUUCUCUUUCUCUAACAAUUUUUGAUGCAUGCUUUAAAGGUUUGUCUUACUCUGACUGCAAAACGCAUGGCUGCCAAAAACUGCUUGGUAAAGAACCUUGAAUCUGUUGAAACACUUGGAAGUACAUCAACAAUCUGCUCAGAUAAGACUGGAACACUGACACAGAACAGAAUGACAGUGGGUAUGCUGACAUGUCAAUACUGUGUACAUAAAUCUGUAUGAAGUCAGAGAAGAGUAACAGUUAAGGUAGUGUUAUUAAUUACCCUUACGUUGUACAUGUAUGUUUUCUCCUAUAGCUCACAUGUGGUUUGACAAUAAAAUUUUUGAAGCGGAUACAACAGAGGAUCAGUCAGGAACUCCUAUGGAAAAGGUAGUUUACACAAUGUUAUGUUAUAUUUUAUUAUGAAACCUGAUAAUUCAGUUAUUUAACCCAAAUUAAUGAAAAACUUUGUAUGGCUUGUCAUGGUGAUGCUCACAGUUGGAGAAAAGUGACCUUCAGAAACUUUACUAGAAUAGACCCUUCCAGGGUGUUUUGAACUUUUGACAUGGACCAGUGAGGGUAAAUCUGUUGACACCACUGGAAAGACCGCCUUAAAAUUAGUAAAACUGCCACCAAAUUUGAAAGUGAUAUGUCUUAUAAGGUGAAAAAAGACAUAGCUCCUCAAAGGUGCACAAAUUUACAAACAUCUGUAAAAUUUUGUGACUUUGAAUAAGAUUUGUGGAAAACUAACGAAAAUGUAGCUCCUCAAAGUCACAAGCUUUUUUAAAGGUUUUCUUUUCAGUGGUGUCAAAGGAUUUUCCCUACCUUGACCAUAUCAAAAGUUGAGAAAACCAUGAAAGGGUCUAUUAAAAAGUUUUGUAUUAUUUUGGUAUCUUGCAGUCACAAACAUGGACUGCAUUGUCCAGAAUUGCUGGUUUGUGUAAUCGUGCUGAGUUUAGAACUGGCCAAGAUAACGUCCCUGUGCUAAAAAGGUAAGAAACUUACUUCCAUCUAAUGAAAUUUUCAGUUUUCUCUUAGUCUUAACUCAGUGUAUUUUUUGCUUUCUCAUUGUCUGUAUGUAUAUGUCUGUAUAAUUGAGAAAACAAAUUUGGUUUGUUUUUGUCUAUACAGUAUUAAAAAACCCUGGUAACUCAAACUCUGAAGGGGAACAAAAAACAGUUAGAGUUAGUGGGAAAUUAGAGUUAUUGGAGUAAAUUUCAGUGAAAUUUUGUUGAAGGGAAAGGAAAUUGAGUGUGAGUUAGCGAGGAAUUUGAGUCAUCUGAGUUCGCGUUAUGGAGGUUGUUCUACUGUACUACCAAAGAACUAUACGUCACCCACAUGAAACAAUUUAUGACUUGACUGAUCGCAUUAAAUCCAUUUUGCAGGGAAACAAAUGGAGAUGCCUCUGAAUCAGCCCUGUUAAAAUGUAUUGAGCUUCAAGUAGGGAGUGUAACUCAGAUGCGACAGAAAAACAAGAAGCUUGCAGAAAUUCCAUUUAACUCAACCAACAAGUACCAAGUGUCUAUUCAUGAACAGGAAAAUGCUGAUGAUCCUCGAUAUCUACUUGUAAUGAAAGGUGCUCCAGAGCGUAUCCUAGAACGUUGCUCUACAAUCCUAAUUCAAGGAAAGGAAGAAACAUUGGAUGAUAAUAUGAAGGAGGCAUUUGAAAAGGCAUACCUAGAGCUGGGUGGUAUGGGAGAACGUGUGUUAGGCUUCUGUCACUUUUACCUGAAUGUUGAAGAGUUUCCACCUGGAUUUGAAUUUGUUACUGACGAUGUAAGCUAUUGAUAGUAUAGUCCUUGAAACUUAAAUAUCUAAUCAUCUAUCGUUUAUUUGGCAAAGAUGCUAUUUACAAAUUGUUGGUUUCCUUUCAAAGAAAACCAGCAAAAUAAUAAAUUUUAAAAAUAACAAAAGUAAACAAGCAUUUACCUGGCUUUUUUCUUCUUUCCAACCAAAGGCCUUAAAAAGUGAUAAUAAAAAAUCUGUGGAUAGGUGGAUUUGAAUAAUACUUGUAUACUUUCAUAGUUUUGGGCCCUCUAUAAUUUUUUAAGAAAACUAAGCAUAUAAAAGAAUUGUGCAGUGAUUAGCAGCAUAGUGAUAAUAAAUUUGUUUGUUUUUAAUUUGCAGCCCCCUAAUUUUCCACUUAAAGACUUGUGCUUUGUUGGUCUAAUGUCCAUGAUUGAUCCUCCUCGUGCUGCUGUUCCUGAUGCUGUCAGCAAAUGUCGCAGUGCAGGAAUCAAAGUUAUCAUGGUCACUGGUGAUCACCCAAUCACAGCAAAGGCCAUUGCAAGGGGUGUGGGAAUCAUUUCUGAAGGUGAAGAAUUUUUUCAUCUUACCUCUUUCCUGCAUCCUUGUUAGGCCCAUAAAAGAGAUAAUUAUUGGAUUUUUUUUCAAAUCAGACGGAGCUUACAAUUUUUUAUUGAACACAGCCAAGAGUAAGAUGGAAAUGGUGCAGAUUACAUGCAAUUUUAUCCUUUGAUGAAAUCAUAAUAUAUUCUACUUUUGGUUAUUUAAUAAUAAUCCCUUGUGUAGGAGAAAGUGUAACAUUGAAAAUCAUAUGCUUGCAAAUUACAAAAUUUAUCACCAGUGAUAUUAUUCUGGUUGCUGUGGUGUCAAUAUAAAUAUACAGUAAAAUUCACAUGUUCAUAGCAUGCUGUGUGGUUCAACAGUGAUACCUUCAAAAGAGUGUGACAUCUUACUAUGAGAAACAACAAACAUCUGAGUGUUUUGACUGUGUGUAAAGUUUUUCAGUGUUUAUUUUGUCUUUAAAUAGUGUUUGCAAUGAGAGGACUCGUUCUAGUCAGUUGAUAAGCGAGCUCACUGCUUCAAUUAUUAUAGAUAAACUCAUUGGUUGAAAAUGUCCUCCUUUAUUUAUUUGAUUCGUGUUAAAAUUGCCUUCCUUGCAAUAUAUUUGGCCGUUUUGUGUUCAGCCCAACCUGACUUGCAUGUGAUUCAAAGUUUAAGCAAUUAAAAAUAAAACAAUCUUUUGGGAUUGUCUCUUGUACCUUCACCCAAGGACAUAGGGGCAAGAAAAAGAGACAUACCAAUUUGUGACUCUGAUGAAAACAAUCCAAUCAGACAUAGGGGUGGCAUUACUUAUGUAAUUUGAGAAAAAAUAUAAUUUAACCAAGGGGAAAAUAAUAUUGAACCACAGCAAAGACACUUUUUUUAACUGAUUUAGGGACGGAGACUGUGGAGGACAUUGCAGAAAGGCUUGGAAUUCCUGUGGCUGAUGUGAAUCCACGUGAUGCUAAAGCCAUUGUUGUACAUGGAGGACAGUUAAAGGUAUCACAAAUUAUUUUAAGUGGAAGAUCAACUGUGCCAAUUGAAAGUAUAAUACAUUGCUAACCCUUUUGGCUACUGUGUAUAUUUCAGGACAUCUCGAGUGAAAAGUUAGAUGAAAUUCUAAAGGAGCACACAGAGAUUGUUUUUGCCAGAACCUCUCCACAACAGAAGCUUAUUAUCGUGGAGGGCUGUCAGCGGCAGGGUGCAAUUGUUGCUGUUACAGGAGAUGGCGUCAAUGACUCACCAGCGUUGAAGAAGGCUGAUAUUGGUGUGUAAAUUAAUAUUAGAUAACAUCAAUCUUCCAACCUUUCUUCUGUGCUAGUGAUGUCCAUGUUUUUGUCUUUUCAAACCUGCUGAAACUAGUAUAAAAACAAAAAAUAUUCUGCAAAAUGAUCACUUUACAAGAAUUUGAAGGGAUUUAGCCUUGAGGUUGGAGGAGCAUGGUGAAGGGAUGGAUGGAAGUCUUACAUGCCAAACAAAAUGUGUGAAAUCAAAGUGAUUUUGCACUACAUUGUAUCUUCUCUUACUUUAAACUGAAGCUUUUGUCUCUGGUUCCAGGCGUUGCUAUGGGUAUUGCUGGUUCAGAUGUGUCUAAACAGGCUGCAGACAUGAUUCUGCUGGAUGAUAACUUUGCUUCAAUUGUCACUGGGGUUGAAGAAGGUAAUUAUGGAGCAUAUACUAAUUGGGGCUGCUUUGAAUUUUGUUGCCAGCCUGAUCUGGCUAUCUUAAAUCAAAGUAGCUUAUACUGCGCUUCCUAUUUAACCACUUCUUGCAAGUGAGAGGUUUUCCCUCAAGCAAAUUAUUUAAAUUGGAACCUCUUGCUUGUGACUUACAGUUCUUUUAAUCCGAAAGGUUAUGAUGAAUGUGUUUGUUUUUAGCUGUGGUAGGCAACCACCUUAUCUUUGCAGCAGGCGUAGUUUUUCUUUGAGGGCGAAAAGAGAAUAUUCAAGGACACACAUGCAAGGGAAGGAAAGGAGAGGGAGCGCCUGCAGCCGAGCAGCUGCAGCUGACAUCAGACCCAAAGGGGAAGAAAACCAUUGCGGUGCAUAAAGCAAACAAUGCAAUUUUAAAUUAAUACUUAUAGGGGCAAACAGAAUGAACAAACAGCCUUACCUCAGUCCCACUGAGUCCCGUCAUCAACAAAGGACGCCACUGUAUUCGUGUGGAACAAUGAUGGCGAUUUUAAUGAAAUUCAUUAAUCAUUUGUCCAUCUCCACAUAGCUGAGGCUAUACGAUGUUAUAAGUUCCUUGCAGUAUUUCUUUUAAACAGUCCAGUUUUUCUUUCGAAACACAUGUGCUUACAUUUCCAUGAAAGUUACCGUGGCUGCUUGAAUUAUGCUUUGCGAUGGGGAAAUAAUGACAAUGCUUGUAAAGAUGGUACCAGUCUUCAGACCCCAAUAAAAAUACAGUGAAACCUCCAUUAAGCGGACACCUUCAGGACCUUCCCAAGUGUCUGCUUAAUAGAGGUUGUAAAAAUUGUGCAAUGUUCGUGUUUGUCAACGAUCAACAUUCAAGGGUUACUGUCUACUGUGUUAAAGUUCCAUGUUGUGAUGGAUGCUAAGGAAGCUGUGCUGUACUUUGUGCAAGACUUUAAGGUAAAGGUUAAUCGCAGAUGACAAUCAUACGGCCGAAUAUCUGUCUAAUCUACAGUUUAUUGACAGCUAAAUGUAUUGAUUUAUCAUUAUUCAUCGACUACAGUACGUAUUUCAAGAACGUUAUCCAAUACUAUUAUUGUCAAUUCAGUCCUGUGUCUUCUUAAUAGAGGUUUUUAACAAUAGAUUAGAAAUGAGCCAAAUACAACUUAUUUUAGUGUCUGCAUCCACUUAAUAGAGGUGUCCACUGAAUAGGGGUUCAUUAUAAAGGGAAAUAUAAGAUGUUAAUUUCAGGACCCAGAUUAGUGUCCACUUUAUAGAGGGUGUCCACCAGAAACUCAUAAGGUGUUGAAAACCCCUUAUGAGUUUCUGUGUCCACUUAAUUGGGGGUCGACUUAACACAGGUUUCACUGUAACUGGAAAAUUGAACUUACUCUGAACUCAUUUGGUAAUACUGCCAAAACAUCUUUACUGAAAAGAUGGCGCAGUGCUUUUCGAAAAUGAAAAGCAAAAUCGAAAAUCUCUUCGAGUUUAUCUCUUUAAAAGAACACUUCUUGCAAGUAUGAUUCAAACAGUUCCUCAGCGGUGAGCCAUGCGGCACGUGUGUUUUGUUUGCAAGACUCGAAUUUCCAUUAACUAACAAAUAAUGCAUUGAGGUGACAGACUAACUCCCAAGAGGCAUUCUUAGCCAAUGGCAUUCUAUGCACCAUCAGAGAACAUAGAAAACGGAAACUAGGGCCUUUACUGCAGGUGCCUUCUCUCACCUUCGUGUGUUCCCCUCACAUGGCCUUUAAAAAAAAUUAACCAACGCCUGCUAUGCAGCCUACUGUGCAUCACACAGGUGCAAAUUAAAAAUUGCUAAAGGGUGGCACAUUUAUGGAUUGUAAAAACACUAAAACUAACACUGGUCAACACUUCAUCAAUCUGAUUUUAAUUAGUGCCACGAACGGAUCAUGUAUCAUAAAAAAUGCCUGACUAUGUUACCGUUCUGAUGAAAUAAGUUAAGUUUGCAUUGCACUAUACACUAAAGUGCUGAAAAAUUAGUAACUAUCAAGUUUUAAUAUGGCAAAAUUGAAUAUUUUGCAAUCGACACCAAUAACUGGAACCCUUGUUAACUCAAACUGUUUUCUUUUCCCUUUAGAGUUUGAGUUACUGGGGUUCUACUGUAGUUUACCUAUGGUAAUUGUUGAUAUUAACCCUUCAUUUAUAUGUUGACCAAAACUUUUACUGUCUUCACUGUUACCUUUGUAAGCAAGCACCAAAAAUAUCAAGCCAAAGUCCUCUUUGUAUAAUCCCACUGUAUCAAGUCUGUUAAUAAUAAUUUAUGAACUUAUUGUGCGCAGCUUAACAUGAGAAUGAUCAGUUGCACAUUACAACUACAUUACUUUAAAAGAAACGAAUAAUACAUAAUGCAUGAAAAAAUAAAAAACAAAAAGAAUAUAUAUGCAUGCAAGUAAGAACUGAACAUAAAAUUGCUCACCAAUAUAAAGUCUUAAAAAGAUAAGUGUUAAUAUGCACCUUAAAACUGUUCACAUUAGUAAUCGCACAAAGUUCUUUUGGAAAAGAGUUCCAGAGCCUUGGCGCUGCUACCAUAACCAGGCCUCUUGAGAGAUGGUAACACAAGCGCCUCUUUCUAGGCCUCAGCAAAUCGACCGGUUUCAAAAGAGAGGUUGAUCAGCUUAGUGAUAACUGGCAAUAGAACAUCCAGCAACUUGAGAACAAUCGGAGUGGGAAUGGGGUCGAGUUGACAAGAUUUACCCGCUGCUCUACUAAUCAAUAUGCGCACUUGUUCUUGAGAGAGUCCUGAAACCGGUAAACUGUUCUUUCAGGCAAGUAAUGAUGGUUCAUCAUGGCAUUUUCAGCUAAAGUUAGAUGAUGAGAACACCAUGCUGCCUUCCUUCUGACAACAGAAGGAGUCAUUGAAUAAGCUUGCACUGUGUGUAAUUUUUAAUGACAGGGAAUCAACAAAUAGUCAGCAAUUAGAUAGAGCAGCAGCUGCAUCACUUUAUAAGUACAAAAUACUUUAAUCACGAUUCAUAAAUGUAUGCAUAUCAAUUUCUACCCUGCGUAUCUUAAGGACUUAUUAACUUUGUGCUCAUCAAUAAUAAUAAUAAUAAUAAUAAUAAUAAUAAAGAUUUGGAGGUAGCACAUCCACAAAGUGGUUCUUCGUCUACCUGAUUCCUGGUCGAAUUGGAGUUUGGAAAUGCUGGUUUUUGAGGAGAGGGGAAAGCGGAGUUUCUGAAGAAAAACCUCUCGGAGCAAGGGAGAGAACCAACAACAAACUCAACCCACAUAUGGAGUCAAAGCCGGGAUUUGAACCCAGGCCACAUUGGUGGGAGGCUAGCACUCUCACCACUGCGCCGUCCCUUGCUCCCCCAUCAACAGUCUGCUCUCUUAGAGGAACUGAUAUAUUGUCGUUGUGGAGAUCUGCUUCCACUUCUUAUGAUCUUCACUCUUUUAAUUAUUUUGCCUGUAAAACUUGGAACUCUUUACCUGAGAGAAUUAGAAUGGAGUCCACUCUGGCUGGUUUUAAAUGUCUAAUACGAACCAUCUCCUUUCAUGGCACUUAGCAUUUAUUUAAUAGAUAUUUUUCUGUUUAUAAUGAAACAUGACCCUCAACACUAGAUAAUAGGGAGCCUAAGCAACUACACUGACCACGACGAUGACAACUUCAAAAAACAAUGGAUUUAAUGAUCAAAACAACAGCUCUGCAUGUGCACCACGCUUUUUAGUACAUUUCUUUGACAAUCACUGCACGGCUAUGACGUGAAAACUCCUAAUUUGACGUUUUAUGGAGGACAUGGACAUAUGACGACAAAUUUUCCUUCCUCUUUUUGAACGUGAAUAAAAUCCUUAUGAAUUAAACUCCAGGGAAAGCCACCUGCAUUUGACACAUUGAACGGGGCCAAAUAGACGCGAUUAAGUUUCAAAGAAUGCAAAUUCAUUUUUUUAGCGACAUUUUCUCUGCCACCGUCGUCAUCGUUGCUUAAGGCCCUUAAUGAUAAUUAGUACUUAGUAAUGUUAUUUUAUUAUUUAAUUUUUUUUAUUUUCUUGAAGAUAUUAGCUUUUGAGCUAUUCUGUAAUUUCGAGGUAAAAUAAAGUCAUGCACAGACAGUCAUACAAGGUUGUACCCUGAGGUGUUCAACCAAGUAGUGAUGACACUUUUGUAAUGACAUGACAACUGCAUUAUUAAUACUCGACUAUCAUGACUCUUACUAACAGCAGACUGAAUGGCCUGUUUUGUAUCCCUAGGUCGUCUGAUCUUUGAUAACUUGAAGAAAUCGAUUGCAUACACACUGACCAGUAAUAUUCCUGAGAUCACACCAUUCUUGAUGUUUAUCAUUAUUGGUAUCCCUCAGCCACUUGGUAUUAUCACCAUAUUGUGCAUUGAUUUAGGAACUGAUAUGGUAGGUGUUACUUUUCAGCUACUUUAAUAUGGCAAUGUUAAAGUAAUGGAACUGUUUUUGAACCUGCAUUUGGUAACAAAUUACUACUGUUAAGGUGGAUACUUACUCACACAGUCCCAAAGUGGAGGUUUGCAUUUUCCAUUCUGAGAUCUCUCCUUUGUUAAAUGUGUAAUACUGUAUCUCUUUCAUGGAAACCCAGUUAUUGCUAACUGCUUAUUUUCUGCUCUUUAAUGUUAGGUUCCGGCUAUUUCAUUGGCUUAUGAGAAAGCAGAAAGUGAUAUCAUGAAGAGGACACCUCGUGAUCCCUUACAUGACAAACUUGUGAAUGAAAGGUGAGAACACAGACUGACUCUAGCACUUUUAUUAUUAUUUGAUUUGCCUUGCCUCUUUUGACCCUUCAUUGUUGUUUCUUAUCUUUUUCAGAUUGAUUGCUAUGGCUUAUGGACAGAUCGGUUUUAUCCAGGUAUUAUCACGUGCAGCACAGUCAUUCACUUUGCUGCUGAUAUUAUGCAUUUCUUAAACUGAAAAGAAAAUCAAACUAUUCUUGCAAGAAAGUUGAUGAUUAAAAGUACAAGGAAAAUAGCCUUGCAAGUUUUUGCUUCCUCUUUUUUUUGGGUUAUCAUUGCUAUUUACAUCUUGAUAGUUAAGCUGUGUUUUUAAAAUUUAUUUCCUAUUUUAAAUUUUUGUUAGGCUCUGGGAGGCUUCUUCACUUACUUUGUUAUUAUGACGGAAAAUGGAUUCCGGCCAACUCGUUUGUUUGGCAUCCGAGCAGAGUGGGAAGACAAGAAUGAUCAUGGUGUUUUGGACAGUUAUGGACAAGAAUGGGUCAGUAUGCUGGGCUUGAUAAUAAAUUUACUAGUAACAAAUUGAGAGAUUUGACUUGGUUUUAAAUAUUGUUGAUGUUUUUGUUUUACAGUCAUACAGUCAGCGUAAAGAGUUGGAGUACACUUGCCACACUGCUUUCUUUGUUAGUAUCGUCGUUGUUCAGUGGGCUGAUUUAAUCAUCUGCAAGACUCGCAAAAAUUCUAUUAUUCAUCAGAAAAUGACGUGAGUACUACUUCAGACAUGAGUGAGUUCAGCUGUCUGUUAAUUGGCCUGAUUACACUUGUUCUCACCAUGAUGGAGGUUUUGCCUUUCUGAAAAUUUUUUAAAAAGUGGGAGCAUCAAUCUUUGCCCAAUCCUUGGUAGUUUGACUUUUCAUUUCCUUGCAGAAAUAAAGCACUGAACUUUGGCUUGGUGUUUGAGACUGCCUUGGCGGUAUUAUUGUGUUAUACGCCCGGCCUCUCAACUGGUUUGCGGAUGCAGCCAUUAAGGUAAGUUUCUCUUUAUUACCUCAUCAUAAAUCAGACUCAAACCACUCCAGCCUGUGAUCCCCUUCCCCACCCCAGCAUGUGAGCACCUCCCCCACCCCAGCAUGUGAACCCCUCCCACACCCCAGCAUGUGAACCCCUCCCACACCCCAGCAUGUGAACCCCUUCCGCAUCCCAGCAUGUGCGCUCCUCCCUCACCCCAGCAUGUGAGCACCUCCCCCACCCCAGCAUGUGAGCACCUCCCCACCCCAGCAUGUGAACCCCUUCGGCACCCCAGCAUGUUAGCUCCUCCCCCAACCCAGCCUGUGAGCCCCUCCCUCACCACAGCUUGUGAACACCUCCCCGCUCCCACCCAUGAACUACCCCCCUUUUCCUCCCUUUCUGUGGCACUUUCUGGCAGUGAAAAACAACCCUUUCAACCUAUUAAACAUGUUCAAUGUUGUUAGAUGUACAUAAUUAACAUUUUUCAUCCAUGUUUUUGAUUGUUUUUAGGUUUGCGUGGUGGUUUCCUGCUAUUCCUUUCAGCUUGCUCAUCUUCGUGUAUGAUGAGUGCCGCAGAUACAUCAUCCGUAGACAUCCAGGCUGUAAGUUUUUGUUUGUUGUAGAUGUUUGUUUAUUUUGUUUUUAUUGUGUUGAUUGUUCCCAUGUGGCACCCUUUAGGAAGUCAUGUUUUCUUUGACACAGUGCCCCAUUUGAUUUGAAACUAAAAUGUAGACUGCUCUCACACUUGAAAACCCACCCUUCGUCCAUCACAGGGGAUGUUUGAAACAAGUGCAAAUGUGGUAAGGACUACUUCCAGACACCUAUGGGUUAAUUCUCAUUUUUUUUUCUCUUUUUAUCAGGUUGGCUGGAACAAGAAACUUAUUAUUAACCAAGGCUGGACCGUAUUAAGAGAUGUUUCCGUGAAAGAGAUGGUGAAUUGAAAUUAUUUGAGCGUUUGGAUAAAGUUUUUUCAUUUGACAAUUUUUAACGAUAAAAUUUGCAUUAUUCGUCCCUUGUAUGAAAUAUUGUGUAAUUUUGCUUAAAUUCAGGACUUGGCAAUGGUAUUUUAAGCAAUAUCCUGAGGUCUUUUUCAUACUUUGCUUAAUAUAAUAUUCACGCAUAUUAUUUGGAGUAAAAUUAUUCAACAUUUUUAUGACUUAAGUUUUAUUUGUUGUUUUUUUAAAGCCGGCAUCCAAGUUAUCUUUGGAAAUACUCACUCACCUUAAUCUUUUAAGAAGUAUCCUCCCACGCUCAUGUCCUUAGGAUUUCACGUGUUCUUGCCCCUUGAAAGUGUAAGGGCUUGGAAUGCGUGUGUUUUUAUGACUUCAUCACGUGUAGGAACGCGUGUGACGAAGGCCUACGGACUCCAGCGUUGGAGGCUACUUAAGAGGAGCUGGGGAUGGUUGUUUCUUUCUUUGUGUUUAGUUAAGAUACUCUUUUAAGCAUACAGGGAAAAGGUAUCUGCUUGUUGAAGCUAAAGCGCCCCCCACAUUCCCACUAACUUUGCAGACUGCUCCAAAUCUGAGUAGUCAUCGCCCACCAACACAACAACAUUUCAGAUUGACAUUAAAUAACAGGGACGGC